AUGCCACCCAAGCGCGACGGUGAAGUAAAGAAGCCCAUCAAAGGUAUUCUCAAAAAGCCGACGCCAAAAUUUCCAGAGGGCCCCAACCCAACCCGACCAGGCGUUACUCCUCAUAAGGAUGAUAAGAUAAAGAAAGACGUUCCUACGGAGGCCCGAUGGACUAAGAUAAACCGCAGAUUUGUCAACCUAGAAGCGUUAAUAAUCGGGAAGGAGCGCUUUGAGGUCCGCGACGACCUUGUCAUUAUGUUGCGCGUUUUAAGUAAAGAGGAGAUCCAGGCCUAUACUACGGCGACGGUGGAACUGCGAAAAAGGCGUAGGCAGGAGCAAAUCGAGGGAGGCGGUGGCCGAUUGGGCCGAUACGCGCAAUGA